CAAGACAUGGGUGUACAGCUAUAAGCAUUCGAGGGGGAAUAAAACCCCUAGGUUGCUAAAGGAAAGAAGUAUUACAGAGCAGGAUGGCAAGGGGCAAAGCUCUGCUGCUCUUCCAUGGAUUUGUCCUGCUGGCUCUGUGUAGACCCUCACUUCAAGGAGGAGUCUACAUACCAGCUGCAGGUGGAGCUGGGCCUGGAGUAGGGGCUGGCAUCGGACCUGGUGCUGGAGCUGGCCCAGUAGGGGGUCUUGGAGCUGGACUUGGUACUGGAAUUAGUCCUGGAGUAGGAGUAGGUACAGGACUCGGUCCUGGAGGUAUAGGGACCAGAGUCCUUCCAGGGAGUGGUCUUGGGGCUGGUCCUGGAGGUGCACUGGGAACUGGACCAGGAAUUGGCACCAGUCCUGGACUAGGAGUUGGUCCUUCUACAGCAGGGACUGCAUUUGGUACUGGUGUUGGUGGGCCAGGACUUGGAACCGGAUCAUUUGUUCCUGGUACUGGUACAGGUGGAGUAGGACCAGGUGGUUAUGGCACAGGUGGACCAUUUACUGGGGGUAUUGCAACUGGUGGAAUAGGUGUUGGUGGUCUGGGAACUGGAGGACUUGGAGCAGGAGCUGCUGGCAAGCCUCCAAAAACAGGAGCAGGAUACAGUGCUCAGGGACUUGGAGCUGGUGCUCUUGGAGGUGGUGGGGUAGGAAGACUUCCUGGAGGUACAGGGCUUGGAGGGCCCGGUACUCUUGGAGCAGGAGUUGGACCUGGAGGGAUUGGUCCCGGUGGUCUUGGAACUGGUGGUGUUGGCCCUGGUGGUGUUGGCCCUAGUGGACUUGGACAAGGCAUCAGAGGGAAACCUCCAAAACUAGGAGGCUUAGGUGGACUUGGCACUGGUCAGAGUGUUGGGGGUUUUGGACCUGGAGGAGUUGGUCCAGGAGGAGUUGGACCAGGAGGAUUUGGUCCUGGAGCAAUUGUCCCAGGAGGAUUUGGUCCUGGAGCAAUUGUCCCAGGAGGAGUUGAUCAAGGUGGAGUUGGACCAGGAGGAGUUGGUCCUGGAGGUGUCAGACCAGGAGGAGUUGGCCCAGGUGGAAUCGGUCCAGGAUUUGGACCAGGAGGAGUUGGUGCUGGAGGCAUCAGACCAGGAGGAGUUGGCCCAGGUGGAAUUGGUCCAGGAGUCGGACCAGGAGGUGUUGGUGCUGGAGGCAUCGGACCAGGGGGAGUUGGCCCAGGUGGAAUUGGUCCAGGUGUUGGGCCAGGAGGAGUUGGUCUUGGAGGAGUUGGUCCUGGUGGAGUGGGAAUAGGCAAAUAUGGAAUAUAUGGCAGUGCUGGAAGUCUCUAUCCUGGACAGAAACCACCAAAAACUGGUCUUGGUGGAGCUGGAUUUGUUCCAGGUGGUGCAGGUUCCGGCCCUGGUGGAACUGGAGUAGGUCCUGGUGGAGCUGGAUUUGGCCCUGGUGGAACUGGGAUUGGCCCUGGUGGUGCUGGAGUAGGUCCUGGUGGAGCUGGAUUUGGCCCUGGUGGAACUGGAAUUGGCCCUGGUGGUGCUGGAGUAGGUCCUGGUGGAGCUGGAGUUGGUCCAGGCGGAACUGGAGUUGGCCCCGGUGGAGCUGGUGUUGGCCCUGGUGGAGUUGGAAUCGGACCAGGUGGAGCUGGAUUUGGCCCUGGAGGAGCACCUAUUUUGCCGCAAACUGGAUUACCAGGUACAGGAACAGGCCCUGGGCGCAAAGUUGGCAAGACAGGGAAGGCACCGGUACCAGGUAUUAAUGUUCCUGGGUUGUACCAGGGUGGUAUUGUUCCUGGACAAGGUUUUGGUGGUCAAGGUGUUCUGCCAGGUGUAGCUACAGGAUCUCAGACUGCUCAGCUUGGUCAAGGUGGACUUGGGGCCAAUGGUGGCCGUGGGAGCUUUGCUGGACAACAGUUACCAGGAGUGUUUCGUGGAUACCCUCUCAUUUCACCAAAGUCUGGAGGACCGGGCUCAGCUAAGUCUCAAGCUAAAGCUGCUAAAUAUGCGGCUGGACUUGGUCUAGGAACUGGAGUAGGCGGUGUUCCUGGUGCUGUUCCUGGAGCAGGCGGUGUACCUGGUGCUGUACCUGGAGCAGGAGUUGUACCUGGUGCUGUACCUGGCGCUGUUCCUGGAGCAGGUGGUGUACCUGGUGCUGUUCCUGGAGCAGGGGGUGUACCUGGUGUUGUGCCGGGAGCAGGUGGUCUACCUGGCUUUGGUGCUGUUCCUGGAGCAGGUGGUGUUCCUGGAGCUGUGCCUGGUGCAGGUGGUGUACCUGGCAUUGGUGCUUUUCCUGGAGCAGGUGGUGUACCUGGAGCUGUGCCUGGUGCAGGUGGUGUACCUGGCAUUGGUGCUGUUCCUGGAGCAGGUGGUGUACCUGGAGCUGUGCCUGGAGCAGGUGGUGUACCUGGUUUUGGUGCUGGUCCUGGAGGCUUGUAUCCUAGUGGUGCAGGUACCUAUCCAGGAGGAGCAGGAGCCAAAGCACGGAAGUAUGGCAUUGGUGUGGGUGGGCUACCUGGACUUGGCACUGGUGGGCUUGGAGCUGGUGCUCUUCCUGGAUCUGGACUUGGAACUGGUGGACUUCCUGGAUCUGGUCUUGGAGCUGGUGGACUUCCUGGGUCUGGUCUUGGAACUGGUGGACUUCCUGGGUCUGGACUUGGAACUGGUGUGCUCCCUGGUUCUGGUCUUGGAGCUGGUGGGCUUCCUGGAUCUGGACUUGGAGCUGGUGGACUUCCUGGUUCUGGACUUGGAGCUGGUGUACUUCCUGGCUCUGGUGUUGGAGUUGGUUCUGGAGGUUAUGCUGGAGCCAAAGCAAGGAAAUAUGCUCAGCUUGGAGGCCCGGGUGGAGCUUUAGGUGCUGGAGGUUUGCCAGGAGGACUUGGAACUGGUGGGCUCCCUGGCUCUGGACUGGUACCUGGUGGACUUCCUGGCUCAGGACUUGGAGCUGGUGGACUUCCUGGCUCAGGAAUUGGAGCUGGUGGACUUCUUGGCUCUGGUCUUGGAGCUGGUGGACUUCUUGGCUCAGGAACUGGAGCUGGUGGACUUCCUGGCUCUGGUCUUGGAGCUGGUAGACUUCCUGGCUCAGGAAUAGGAGCUGGUGGACUUCCUGGCUCUGGCCUUGGUGCUGCUGGACUUCCUGGCUCUGGUCUUGGACCUGGAGGAUAUGCUGGUGCCAAAGCAAGAAAAUAUGCUCAGCUUGGUGGUCCUGGUGGGGCUUUAGGUACGGGAGGAUUGCCAGGAGGACUUGGAGCUGGUGGACUUCCUGGGUCAGGAAUUGGAGCUGGUGGACUUCCUGGCUCUGGUCUUGGAGCUGGUGGACUUCCUGGGUCUGGUCUUGGUGCUGCUGGACUACCUGGCUCUGGACUUGGAGCUGGUGGACUACCUGGGUCUGGACUUGGACCUGGAGCAUACGCUGGAGCCAAAGCAAGGAAAUAUGCUCAGCUUGGAGGUCCUGGUGGGGCUUUAGGUACUGAAGGAUUGACAGGAGGAUUUGGAACUGGUGGACUUCCUGGCUCUGGUCUUGGAGCUGGUGGACUUCCUGGGUCUGGUCUUGGAGCUGGUGGACUUCCUGGGUCAGGAAUUGGAGCUGGUGCACUUCCUGGGUCUGGUCUUGGUGCUGCUGGACUACCUGGCUCUGGACUUGGAGCUGGUGGACUUCCUGGGUCUGGACUUGGAGCUGGUGGACUUCCUGGGUCUGGACUUGGACCUGGAGGAUAUGCUGGAGCCAAAGCAAGGAAAUAUGCUCAGCUUGGAGGUCCUGGUGGGGCUUUAGGUACUGGAGGAUUGCCAGGAGGACUUGGAACUGGUGGACUUCCUGGGUCUGGACUUGGAACUGGUGUACUUCCCGGGUCUGGACUUGGAGCUGGUGGACUUCCUGGGUCUGGACUUGGAGCUGGUGGACUUCCUGGGUCAGGAAUUGGAACUGGUGGACUUCCUGGGUCUGGGCUUGGAGCUGGUGGACUUCCUGGGUUAGGAAUUGGAGCUGGUGGACUUCCUGGGUCUGGUCUUGGUGCUGCUGGACUUCCUGGCUCUGGACUUGGAGCUGGUGGACUUCCUGGGUCUGGACUUGGAGCUGGUGGACUUCCUGGGUCUGGACUUGGACCUGGAGGCUAUGCUGGAGCCAAAGCAAGAAAAUAUGCUCAGCUUGGAGGUCCUGGAGGAGCUUUAGGUGCUGGAGGAUUGCCAGGGGGGCUGGGGCUGGGUCUUGGAGCUGGUGGACUUCCUGGUUCUGGACUUGGAGCUGGUGGACUUCCUGGCUCUGGUCUCGGAGCUGGUGGACUUCCUGGAUCUGGUCUUGGAGCUGGUGGACUUCCUGGGUCAGGAAUUGGAGCUGGUGGACUUCCUGGGUCUGGUCUUGGUGCUGCUGGACUUCCUGGCUCUGGACUUGGAGCUGGUGGACUUCCUGGGUCUGGACUUGGACCUGGAGGAUAUGCUGGAGCCAAAGCAAGAAAAUAUGCUCAGCUUGGAGGUCCUGGAGGAGCUUUAGGUGCUGGAGGAUUGCCAGGGGGGCUGGGACUGGGUCUUGGAGCUGGUGGACUUCCUGGCUCUGGACUUGGUGCUGGUGGACUUCCUGGCUCUGGUCUUGGAGCUGGUGGACUUCCUGGAUCUGGUCUUGGAGCUGGUGGACUUCCUAGCUCUGGUCUUGGAGCUGGUGGACUUCCUGGAUCUGGUCUUGGAGCUGGUGGACUUCCUGGCUCUGGAUUUGGAGCUGGUGGACUCCCUGGCUCUGGUCUUGGUGGACUUCCUGGCUCUGGACUAGGGCCUGGAGGAUAUGCUGCAGCCAAAGCAAGAAAAUAUGCUCAGCUUGGAGGUCCUGGUGGGGCUUUAGCUACUGGAGGAUUGCCAGGAGGAUUACCAGGGGGACUUGGUGGAGGUGUUGGAGGGCUGCCUGGUGGAGGGCUAACUGGUGGAGGGCUUGGGCCUGCUAUUGGAACUGGGGUAGGUGGAGUUGGAAGUCAGCCUGGAAGUGGACUGAGACCAGGGGGGACAAUUGGUGGAGGACCAGGUGGUGGCCUUGGACCUGGAGGUGUGCCUGGUGGUGGCCUUGGUCCUGGAGGUGUGGCAGGUGGUGGCCUUGGACCUGGCAGUGUGUCAGGUGGUGGCUUUGGACCUGGAGGAGUACCUGGUGGCCUUGGACCUGGAGGGUAUGCUGGAGCCAAAGCUCGCAAAUAUGGAAUCCCAAGUGGAACAGGUGGGACUGCUGGUACAGGAUUGCCUGGAGGAUUAGGAGGAGUACUUGGUGGUGGAUUAGGACCAGGAGUACCAGCUGGUGGUAUUGGUACUGGAGUGGCACCAGGAGGUGGAGUAGGAACUGGCGGUGUACCAGCUGGAGGAUAUGGUCCUGGUGGUGUACCUGGGGGAUAUGGUCCUGGUGGAGUACCUGGGGGAUAUGGUCCUGGUGGAGUACCUGGGGGAUAUGGUCCAGGUACUGGAGCAUAUCCAAGUGGAUCAAAGGCACUUAAAUAUGGUCAGGCUGGACGUGUUGCUCCAUCUGGUGUAGGUGGACCAUUUGGAAUAGGUACAGGUCCUGCUCAAGGAUAUGGAACUGGAGCAGUACCUGUUGGUGGAUAUGGUCAGGGCACUGGAUUGAGUCCUGGGGCUGGAUAUGGACUUGGAGCAGGCAGCAUACCUGCAGGAACAGGAGGCAGAGGAGGGCCUACAGUACCUGGGGGCUUUGGAGGUGGCUCUGGAUCUGCCUUUGGUAGAGUUCCUGGUAGUGGUCCAGGCACUGGUCUUGGAAGCUUUGCAGGAUAUGGACCAGGGGGAAAGCCACCAAAAUAUGGUCAACCUGGUUUUGGAACUGGAACUGUGUUAGGUGGAGCAGGGUCAGUGCCUGGUGUUGUUGGAGCUGGAACCACAACCACAGGAAUAGGGACUGCAACUGGUGCAGGCACUACUGGUGGGGCAGGAGGGGUACCAGUCACCGGAAGCAAAGCAGACAAAUAUGGAGUUCCAGGCAUCACAGGAGGAGCAACAGGAGGAACAAGAGUUUCAGGCAGUGUACCAACAGCAUCCACAGAUCAGAGAACCAAAACAGACAUUGAUGGAGCUAUUAGGACUGAUAAUGACACUACAGAUGGACUAGGUGCUACUAAGGCCCCUAGGUUGGGGGAAACAGGAGUGAUAGAGGGAUCUGGAAAUUCUAUUGGUGGUGGUCCAGGUGAAGGAGUUACUGGUGGUCCUAUCGAUGGGGAUGGACUUGAUGGUGUUACUGGGACAGGAAUACCCAUUCUAGCUGGUGGUAGACCAGGUGGAGUUGGUGGUGAUCUACCAGGGGCCAAACCUCUGAAACCUCCAGGUGGUGUCAUACCUGGACGUGGUGACACUCCAGGUAGAAUUGCCGAAGAGCCAAGUGGAACUGGCACUGGACUGGGCAGAGUUGAAGGUGGACCAGGUGGAGUUGGUGGGGGUCCAGGCGGAGUCAGUGGAGGACCAAGUGGAGUCGGAGAAGGGCCAGGUGGAGUUGGAGGAGGACCAGGUGCAGUCGGAGGAGGGCCAGGUGGAGUCGGAGGAGGGCCAGGUGGAGUCAGAGGAGGCCCAGGUGGAGUCGGAGGAGGACCAGGUGGAGUCGGAGGAGGGCCAGGUGGAGUCGGAGGAGGGCCACGUGGAGUCGGAGGAGGACCAGGUGGACUUGGAGCAGGAACAGGUGGACUUGGAGCAGGAACAGGUGCACAGGACACAAGGGGACCAGGUGGAGUAGGUGGAACGGUUAAACCCCCCAAAGGAUAUUUCAGUACAGUUGGAGGACUCCUUGGUGGCAUUGGAGGCCCAGGUGGAGUUACAGGGCCUGGAGUGACAACAGGAACUGGCUUUGUGCCAGGAAGUAGCAGUCAACUGCCAGGAGGCACAGGAGCAGGAACUGGAGGUUAUGGUGGAGUUGGAGGUUUAGGAACCAGCAGCCUUCUUCCUGUAAAUGGUCUAAGGUUCCCAAGUGGAGCUGCUGUGGGAAGCAAAGGUCCUGGAUAUGGCCCUGGAAAGCCAGCUAAAGGCUACUGGGGAACUGGAGCACUGGGUGGGGUGGGAGGCCCAGGAGGACUUGGAGGUGUUCCUGGAGGUGUUGGCACUGGUUUAGGAGGAGUUGGCGGAGGUCAAGGAAGCAUUGGUGGAGGACCUGGUGCAAUUGGUGGUCUGGGUGGUCAAGGAGGAGGUUUGGGCUACCCAGCUGGAGCAGGACUAAGAGCUGGGAAACCUGGGAAAUCAGGAUUUGGCAGUUUGGGUGGAGCAGGAGGCCUAGGACUUGGAGGUACAGGUGGGGCUUUAGGAGGAGGUCCCGGUGGUGUAGGUGGAGGGCUAGGAGGCAUAGGAGGAGGACCUGGUGGCCCAGGUCGAAUCUACCCAGGCGGUGCUGGAUUGGGAGCUGGAGUUGGGAAGCCUGGUAAAUCAGGGUAUGGCACUGGUGCCUUGGGAGGUCAAGGUUACCAGCCAGGCAGUGGUGUGCCAGGAUAUGGUGGUGGUGGUGGUGGUGCAGGCGGCUACCAACAACCACUCCCAGGCUAUGUUGGAGUUGGACCAGGAGGCGCUGGAAGUGCACCACUUACACCUCAACAAUCUAAAGCAGCCAAAUAUGCAGCUCUCCAGGGUGCUCUAGGUGCUGGAGGCUACAGAGGAGGUGCUGGAUGCCUAGGCAAAUACUGUGGGAGGAGGAGGAAAUGAGAGCCCUGCAGCGAGAACUGACCUCAUGAACAAGUGGUGCUACUGCAUACUCUCGAAUGUACUUUUUCAUUUCUAAAAAUAAGAAAGAAAAGUAAAAGUAUUCCUGCUCAAAAUGCACCUCGUAACACGAGACAGACGUGUUCAAUUCUUACUUUUUUACAUAGCUUUGAUUCAAGGAUGUAUGCAGUGUGCACUUACUCAUGCCCCAAGUUUAAUUUACACACACACACACACACACACACACACCCACACCAGGCAAUAUUUACAGCACCUGAGGGUUCACUGUUUUCACCAUGUCAUUACUUAAUUUUCACUCUAACCUCACCAUAAAUUAGUUGUAAACUGUUUUACCAAUCAACACAAGACACCAGGAUUUCUGAUUCGUGUCUACACCUCAGCCUUCACUCUCACUUCCAUGCCUACAUAUUUAGUCAUGCUGUAUGAGGAAAUGUUGCUGCUAUGUACUGUAAUAGACAAACUGUGAUAGUAAUAUCAGGUUGUCAUUAAGCUAAGUGGUUCAGGCCACCUCAUCACAUACUAAACACAUGCUUCUUUUCUCUUUUGAUGGUGCCAUAUAUAUAUAUAUAUAUAUAUAUAUAUAUAUAUAUAUAUAUAUAUUUAUUUUGUGUAUUAAUGGGAGCUUAAACAGACCUCCUCAUGAGUGAAACGUCAGUGUCUUUGCCAUGGGUAUUAACAUUUUAUUGAACAAACAGUACAUCCUGCUGUAGGAAGUAUAAUAUCAAAGUGCUGAGGAAUACAUGUUCACCGCACCUCAGGAUUUUAAGGCAGUUCAUCUAGUUUUUGAUAUAGUGAGAUCAGAAUUUUCUUUCUUUCACUUACUUUUCAUUAAAUUAAAUCUAUUUUGGAUCUAGUGUACCUUAUGUAUUUAACCUUAGCAAUGUGUGAUUUCAAUUUUCUUACUGUGUGAUUUCUCACUGUAUGGGUUUGGGUUUUGUUUUUGUUAUUGUUUUGUGUGGGGUUUUUUUUUUUUUUUUUGUGAAUCAUGUAUCGAUGUUUGGAAAAGAAACCUGAGAUAAUGGGAAUGACGGUUCAGUCGAUGAAUCCUAUUCGUUACCAGCAGGUUUGCAAUGUUUACCUUUUUGAUUUUCACUAACCUUGAAAAUCAUAUACAAUGACUCUUUUCAUGUGAUGCAUUUUAUAAUAUAUAUAUUUUUUUCUUUAACUAAAUACCAAAAUAAAAGAUAUUAAGGUAAGGAAGUUUAAUUCUGG